AUGCAGGCUGCAAUCAUCGUUUUCGCUUCUUGCGUUUUGGCUGUCCUCUCAGUUGGAAUUCCUGGUGGAUGGAUAGACGCCGAUGUGGAAUCCGAAGACGUCAUCCAGGCAGCUGAGAAGAGCAUCCAGCUAUUUGAUCAGUCGAGAUCUGACAACGUUGUUCAUAAUCUUCUAAAAGUUAUCUCGGCUAAGACUCAGGUUGUUGCUGGGAUCAAUUACGAUUUGGUCGUUCAAGUUGGUCUGAUUGAUUGCUUAGCCGGAGAUCUCAAAACUGACGUAGAAUGUGUCAAGAAAACUGGCGUUUGCAGUUUUCGCCUGUUCGUCCAGUCAUGGACCAACACCAACGAGUUGCAUAAAAUUUCAUGCAAAGCCGAUGAUUAA